GAAAUCAGUCUGUAUUUUAGAGGCAUUGGGUGAUUAUAGAUAAAAAUACAUAGAACGUGUUCAUUGAGAUAAAUCAUCAAGGAGAAGAGGAUUGUGGUUGUCCGACUCUUCGUCGAUUCCUAUGCGCUUUUUGUUUGGCCAAGCUCAACUCUCCACUCGAUGCUUAGCCGCUUCCAGCAGAUGCGCCAGCUGCUGUGCUCCGCCUGAUACGAUGGAUGGCUGCACCUGUUCCGAGCUAGUUUUUCGCUUCGCUGGUUGCAUAGUUGGCCGGCAUAUUCAGUAGGGAGUUACUUACAUCACGAACGAUAGGCUUCGCUAUGCUCCGUCUCCAGUUGAUCCAUGAUUUGUUUUUAUUUUUAUUUGUGGCUUUGGUUUUGGGAUCGGUCACGACAAGUCUUGGGUUGCUUGCAAUCUUCGGGCACCUGAGUUUCUCCAACUGACCACAAUUGAGAGCAUUGUUCUGUCCUUUGCACAUUUAUUAUUAUAGGAAGCAGCUGUCAAGUGGUACUAUGUUUCAAAACUGUGAAAGUUAAAUCUUUUUUAGUAAGGAAAAUGCGACUAUACUUUCAAAUCAUGUGGUUCAUUAUAUUGUGGUGUGUUACACAAAUAGAAUUCGCUUGGGGCUACUCAUCUCGCCGGGAUCUGUACAGAGCAGCGCAUCAGGGUCGAGCUAGGCGGCUGUUAAACCACAACAGCAAAGUCGUCGUUGACAGAGGAAGAUUUCAAGACGUUGGGGAGGGCGAUCAGUCAAGCUGUGAUAAUGAUCGCGCUAGAGCGCCGCAAGUACCUAAAGGCAGAAGGAUCAACUCGAAGUCCUACGGCAUGGGCAUAGCGAUGAAAGCAGCGAUAGAGGCCAAGCAGGCGAACGAUCAUAUGGCUGUUGCGGUGAAGGAGGCAUCCGACCGGAUUAAGAUCGAGUAUUCGGAAAAGGCGUCCGCAGCUGCCAGAGCUGCAGAGGCUGUGCUAGCGGGCAAACGGCAGGCGCUCAAACAGCUGGAGAUGGAGGUGCGUGAGGCCGAGGUGAUAGUGCAGGAAGAGUCUAUGGAGCUGAACUCAGCUGAGGCCAACAUCGAGUUGGCACUCAAAGCACACCGACAGUCUCAAGAAGAGAUGAAGCUGCUUAUUGCUGGGCUUAAGCUGGCCAAAGAGAAUUUCGAUAGCGCAAAGCAGGUCUCCGCCGCCUGCCAGCAUUCCAUGGCGGACAAGACCAGCCUUCUCCAAGCUGCCCAAAAGCGCGUGGCCAUUCUGCUACGCCAACUGAGUGAGGCCCGUAACGACUAUGCCAAAACCAAGAAGGCGGCCCACUCAGCGUUAUGCGCGGCCAACGAGGCAAGGCAGCGAGUUGACCACGUCCAAUGAGUAUCAUUUAAGCAUACUUGUAUAUAUAUAUAUAAAUAUAUCUAUAUUUUUGUACUGAUCAAUCUGUAUAAUAAGAAACAAUGUAAUCCCU